AUGGUGGCUGCAAAACCCAAAACCCAAAACCCUACAGAUCUUUCCCCCACCGAGCAGCUCCGGGUCGAAUCAGCGAGUCGGGUCAAAAUCCCCGAAAAUUCACCUGAGAAAAUGUUCGCGAGGCGGCUCACCUCAUUCUUCAAACGAUCCUCACCCUCAAGCUCGGACGCUAAACCAACGAAAGAUGGGACAUUGGGCUCUUUUGGUCGGAAAGCAGUGUCUUUUGUCUUGAUUACAGUGACUGGUGGUGUUGCUUUGAGUGCUCUCGAUGACCUUUCUAUCUAUCGCGGAUGUAGCAGAAAGGCGAUGGAGAAGGUGAUGAAUAACAAGGCUAUGAUCGAAGCCAUCGGGGAGCCAAUUGAGAAAGGGCCAUGGUACAAUGCAUCACUAGCUGUCUCUCAGCAAAGGCACUCAGUGUCUUGUUCCUUUCCUGUGAUUGGACCACAAGGCACCGGAAUCUUGCAUCUCAAAGCUGUUCGCUAUGGAGAAGAUAGCUUGUUUGGGUUCUUGCAAGAGAGGGACUGGGAUAUUCUGAUAAUGGACGCACUUGUCCACGUCCCUUCCAACGAAGGACCCCAACAAACCCUGAGAAUCAACGUCUCUGACAUUGUUGCUCCUUCCGACUUCAAACAUUCCAAACCAGAAGAGCCAGAGAAGAGUUAA